AUGCCCCCCAGUAAGAAGGCCCAGAGCCCCAGUAGUGGGGCCAGCGCAUCGCAGGGCAUGAGCCCGCCGUACCGGCAGGGGGACGCCGCCACCGCCGCGUCCGAGGCCGAGGCGGCCGACCUCUCCCUCUCCCUGUCAGCCUCCUUCUCCAAAGCCGAGGACGAGGAGCUGACCAGCCUCUCCUGGCUCCACGAGAGCACCGACCUCCUCAACAGCUUCAGCCACUCGGGGCUGCGCAGCGUCUCCCCCCUGCAGGACCCCGACAGCCAGCACCCCCGCUCGCCCUCGUCCGCCUCCCCGUCCCCGGACGACCCCCUGCUGGGCGACGCGCACUCGGCGUACGACCUGGCGGCGGGGGCCAACCGGAAACCGCCGUACUCCUUCAGCUGCCUGAUCUUCAUGGCCAUCGAGGACGCGCCCAACAAGCGGCUGCCGGUCAAAGACAUCUACGGCUGGAUCCUGGAGCACUUCCCGUACUUUGCCAGCGCGCCCACGGGCUGGAAAAACUCGGUGCGCCACAACCUGUCGCUCAACAAGUGCUUCAAGAAGGUGGACAAGGAUCGCAGCCAGAAAUAG